GACGGGCGUGACAGAGGCGUGACACAUAACAUUUGCGACCGACACAGUACUUUGCUUAAUCGACAGAUUAUUUCGAUCGAGUGCUCAAGCCUUGCCCAAGGAUGGCUUUUCGACCGUUUCAUCCAUCCGCAGCUGACAGUAAAGGCAAGAUGGCCUCUAAGUGGGACAAAGAGACAGCGAGGGACAUCUGCGCUUGGAUUCAGAGGGCCACAGGAGAAUCUGUCCCCUCGGACGAUCCUACUUCCUUUGCUGAGACGUUGAACGAUGGUCAAACACUCUGCAAGCUAGCCAAUCAGAUAAAACCAGGCGCAAUAAAGAAAAUAAACAAAAUGAAGAUGCCAUUUCACAAGAUGGAAAACAUUGGGUGGUUUAGUGAUUUUUUGAGAGAGUAUGGUGUGCAAGCGGAGUAUAUAUUUGUCACAGUAGAUCUCUACGAGAAACAAAAUGUUCCACAAGUUCUUAUUGCUUUGAAAUGGCUGAAAAUAGAGUCGGAGAAAAAAGGUGUCAAGCUAUGAGGAACCAUUUUCAAGCUCCCUUUGGCGUAUAUUGUAAUUUUCUCUUAGACAUGUCUUAGAUUUUAUUUUUCAUCUGUUUCAUGAAAAAUCAUCCGGUUUCAGAGAUAGAGCUUAGCAGUGUAAACGUUAUUCAGGGCCUUUUUUUGUGGAUGAUGUGCCUUGUCGUAGUUUCAGUCUAAAAGUAUUGUUUUUAAGUUAGCAGACAAUUUUGUCGGAAUCGAGGCUGGAAGAGUGGUUAGACAGUAUCAUAUUUAUUUUGGAAUUUACCUUUCCCGUCGUUGACGUGAAGAUAAAUUAACUUUAAAAUGAGGUCAAAGUGUACGUGUUGGAUUAGAAAAGUAAUUUUAUGUGUUGCAGUGAAGAAAUAAGUUAUAAAAGUUAUGCAAAGAAGUAUUAAACCUGUAGUGGGUCCACGAGUUAUGUUACCGCACGGAGAAAAAAGUAAUUACUGCCAAUCUCAGGAAAACAUGUGUGACGUGUCAAACGCGGGACUGGGGAAAACAUGCAGUCAAAGUAAGCGCGGGAAACAUGUAACCAGUUUCAAGCGCGGUUGCGUGCGGGAAGGUAUGUAACUAGUCAAAGCGCGGCAAAUUUGUCACCAGUCUCAAGCGCGGUUGUGCGCGUGAAGAUAUAUAACCAGUGAAAGCGCGGGAAAAUUUCUAACCAGUCUAUUACACAGUUCAAGGCGCGGGAAAACAAAGCCAAUGUUAAGCCCUUUGUGCCCCUAUUCUCUCUAGUUUUAAUCGUGGGAGAAUAUGGAACAAGUGCCAAGAGCAGCAAGCAUGCAACUAGCUAGGUGUUGUAAGCUGAGAAAUACGCAACGGUGACAAGGAAGGAAAUGCGCAAUUGGUACAGAAGGAUGGGAAAAUACAAAAACGGUAUCGAGGUGUAAAGUAUGCAAUCGUCCAGAGAGCGGGAACUGAAAUACAAAGACGGUGCCGAGGGCUGGAAGAUAUGCAAACUUUGCAAAUCUCGAGGAAAUUAACUUUGAACCUAAGUUAAUUGUAGAAAAAUGUAUACGUGUAAGGAAGCAAACAUAGAAAGCUGUAGCAGUAACGUUGGGCGAGGGAUGCGUACUCACUCGCUAACCACGGUCGAAAACAAAAAGAAAGAGAUUCAGAGACUUGAAGUGCUCGCCGAUUUAAUAAAAUCAUAACAUUUGA